UCUCCCUCACAGCUGAUUUGUUCGCCAUCUUGACAUGAACAUAAACAUUGAUGCCCUCUGCUCAAUGAUCGCAACGUUAUCUCUGAAGACCGAAAAAUUGGUAGCACGUUACCGAAACAGCCUUAAUAUUUGUUGCAGCGUCGGGAAAGCACGAACUAAGUUAGAUGUUUAGGAAAUCAUUGCGCACGUAACGUUAGCUGAACAUACAAGUCUGUAUAAUGUGGGUUUCCUGAGUACUUGGUUAAGGGAUGGGAGACCUGGAAGGACCCCCAUCUGCAGACUGAAGGAGAGAGUCUUACUGUAGAUUACAGUAGAAAUGGACCAGGACUAUGAAAGACGCCUGUUAAGGCAAAUCAACCACCAGAACGUCCCUGAGGGCCACCUGUCCAAUUCAGGGUAUGCAGCGUGCAGUCCGGUUACUAUGAAAUCAGGAGACAGAUUCAUCCCCACACGUGCCGGCAGCAACUGGAGCAUACACUUCCACUAUGCCAAUGAGAACUGUUGGUCACCCAAUCAGAAUCAGCGGGCGAAGGAUGCUAGUACAGACACAGGGAAAGACGCUGUGGCGUAUGCUGCACUGCUAAGGAAUGAGCUGUUGGGAGCAGGAAUCGAAACCGUGCCUGAUCCUCACACGGAUGACCGUCAACACACCAUCCUCAUGCAGGACACACACAGCCUCUUCAGGUACACCAUCCACACAAAGAGAGUGCCUUUUGACAAUGAAAUCUCCCCCUACUCCCUCUCUCCUCUCAGUAACAAAAGUCACAAACUAUUACGUUCACCCCGAAAGCCAGCUCGCAAGAUUUCCAAGAUCCCAUUCAAGGUUCUUGAUGCCCCAGAGUUGCAGGAUGACUUCUACCUCAACCUGGUGGACUGGUCAGCUGGAAACCUCUUGAGUGUUGGUUUGGGGGCCUGUGUUUACCUGUGGAGUGCCUGUACCAGUCAGGUGACGCGGUUGUGUGACUUAUCAGUGGAUGGUGACUCUGUUACAUCAGUGUGUUGGAAUGAGAGGGGAAGUUUGGUGGCUGUAGGGACCCAUAAAGGAUUUGUCCAGAUUUGGGACGCGGCCGGAGGGAGGAAGCUGACCAGUUUGGAGGGACAUUCAGCACGCGUAGGAGCACUUGCGUGGAAUGGAGAGCAGCUGUCGUCGGGUAGCCGGGACAGAGUGAUUCUGCAGCGGGACGUGAGGACACCGCCUCCUGUGGAGAGACGCCUCCAGGGCCACAGGCAGGAAGUGUGUGGCCUCAAGUGGUCACCUGACCACCAGCACCUCGCCUCUGGAGGGAACGAUAACAAGUUACUGGUGUGGAACAGCUCCAGUCUGCUCCCCGUGCAGCAGUACAGCGAUCACCUGGCCGCCGUGAAGGCCAUCGCCUGGUCUCCUCACCAGCACGGCCUGCUGGCCUCCGGAGGAGGAACAGCUGACCGCUGCCUUCGCUUCUGGAACACUCUGACCGGACAGGCGUUACAGAGUACUGACACCGGCUCACAGGUCUGCAACCUGGCCUGGUCCAAACACGCCAACGAGCUGGUCAGCACACACGGCUACUCCCAGAACCAGAUCUUGGUGUGGAAAUACCCAUCGCUCACCCAGGUGGCCAAGCUCACAGGACAUUCAUACCGAGUCCUCUACUUGGCAGUGUCUCCAGAUGGCGAGGCCAUCGUAACGGGAGCAGGAGACGAGACGCUGAGGUUCUGGAAUGUCUUCAGCAAAACACGCUGCACCAAGGAAUCCAAAUCAGUGUUGAACCUCUUCACCAGGAUACGACCCUCCGACAGAGAGAGACCACAGCACUUCCUUCACUCUCACUUUUUUACUCAGCAGAUUUCGGUUUUAUCCCGUAAAAUGCCAGUGAGGGCUUGUUGUUUAUGUUAAGAUUCAGUCCGUUCUUCUUAUUAUUGUACAUUGUGGAAGUCCAAACAGAUGUACUAUUGUAUAAGUAGAAGUAUUAAUAGAGAAAUUAACCUAUAUGACCUAUAUUGUCAUUAUCAUGACUUUUAGUCAUGAGGUUAAAAUGAAAUGGCUUGUUAUGAACAUUUAAAUGUUUUAUAUGUGUAUCAAAACAGAUCAUGAUAUCUGUGAGAAAUAAAUACACUUAACACUAAUC